AUGAAAGAAGAAAUGGCAGAAUCUGUGAAUUCAAAUGAAGUUAAUGACUUUGAAAUCGAACAAGGUAUUAAUCAAGAAAUAUUUGAUCUUCAAAGACAUGAAACUACUGCUUCAAUAAUAACUAUUUCUUUACUUCCUGAACCCAAUCAUACAGAAAUUUCAAAAUUUAGAGAAAUUUUAUUCAUGUCAUUCAUGUGUCUUUCACAAUUAUUAACUCAAGCAGGUGUUGCACAAACAAUGAAUACUCAAUUUCAUAUUGCUGAAACAUUUGGAGUUCAAGAUAAUCCUGGAGAAAUGUCUUGGUUUGCCUCAAGUUAUUCGAUGAUUGUAGGUACAUUUAUUUUAAUUUCUGGAAGAUUAGGUGAUAUGUAUGGAUAUAAACUUUUAUAUGUUAUUGGAUAUUUAUGGUUUGGUGUAUUUUCAUUAAUGUGUGGGUUUUCAGGAUUAACUAAAUCAAAUGUCUUUUUCACUACAAUGAGAGGUUUACAAGGAAUGGGACCAGCUAUAAUGAUGCCAAAUACUCAAGCAUUAAUUGGGUCUUAUUAUCCUGAAUCUUUAAAGAAAAAUAUUUGUUUAGCUUUAUUUGGAGCAAUUGCUCCAACUGGUUUCAUUGCUGGUUCAUUGUUCAGUGGGAUGUUUGCUGUAGUAAGUUCUUGGAAAUGGACUUUUUGGACAUGUGGUAUAAUUAGUAUAUUUUUUGGUGUUUCUGCCAUACUUGUUAUUCCUAAAAAAAUAGGAAUUAAAUCAGAUGGGAAAUUUGAUUAUUGGGGUAGUAUAUUUGGUGUUUCUGGUUUAGUUUUAAUUAAUUUUGCCCUUAAUCAAGGUCCAAACGUUGGGUGGAAUGUUCCAUAUGUUUAUGCUUUACUUAUUGUCGGUGUCCUUUCUAUGGUUGUAUUCUUUUUUGUUGAAAAAAAAGUUGAUGAUCCAUUAGUUCCUAGCUCAGUAUUGAAAGGUGAUACAGGAUUUAUUCUUGGAUGUAUUGCUGCUGGGUGGUCUUGUUUUGGUGUUUGGUUAUACUAUAUGUUUAGAUGGUCAUUAAUUAUCGAUGGAGAUAAUGCAGUUAUGUCAGCAGUAAAGACAAUACCUUGUUGUCCUAUGGGACUUAUUGCUGCAAUUACUGGGGCAAUACUAUUAACCAAAGUUCCAUCAGGUAUUGUUAUGUGGUUAGCUAAUCUUGCAUUUUUAGUAGGAAUACUUUUAAUGGGACUUCGACCAGUGGGACAAAUUUAUUGGGGUCAAAAAUUUGUCAGUUUAAUUAUCCAACCAAUUGGUAUGGAUAUGUCAUUUCCUGCUGGUUGUAUUUUAUUAAGUUCUUUCUUACCUAGACGUCAACAAGGUAUUGCUGGAUCAUUAGUCUCCACAGUUGUUAAUUAUUCCAUUGCUCUUGGAUUGGGAUUCGCUGCUGCUGUUGAAUAUUAUACUGGUUCUGCUGAUAAUCAAUUUGAUUCUGAUAUUAAAGGAAUAAGACAUGCUUUUUACAUGGGUAUUGGUCUUGCUGGACUUGGAUUACUCAUUUCAACUCGAUUUGCUUACUCACAGUUAAGAAAUAGAAAGAAACAAUCUCAAGAGUCUUCUGAACUCAGUAAUUCGUCGGAUCCAGUAGAAAUGAAAAGACAAAGCUCCCUGAGUUGA